AUGGUCAAAGGCGGCUAUGCAACUAAUUACAAAGGUGCUGGUAACAACGAUGGUGCAGGAAGUGGAGGAGGUCAAACCGCUGUCAAAUUUCUGUCAAAUGACCUUUGGCAUCGCGUGAUAGUAGCUGGUGCUGGAGGAGGAUCUGACGACGAAUAUACAAGCGGAACUAAAAAUGAUGGAUCUGGAGGCUCAGGUGGCGAUUUUACUGCACAAGGAUACUGGAUAAAUGGAAUAUUAAACUCAGAUCGAUUAGCUAAUUCUACAUUUGGAUUUACAUUUGGAUCCGGAGAAUCAGCUCAAAAAGAUGGGUCGAAAAAUUCAAAAGGAGUUCAAAGUGGAAGUGGUUAUUCUGACAGACCUGGUGCCGGAAGUGGAUGGUUCGGUGGAUUUGCAGGUCAUAAUGGAGAUGGUGGAUCUGGGGGAGGAAGUUCGUGGGCACUCUCGAAGAAUGCAAUCAUCCCUCAAGGAAACAUUACAGCAACAGAUAGCUUUUACAACUUAAAUGAUAGUCGUCCAUAUUCAUUCAGUCUUGAUGAUGGAUAUCUCUUCAGUGAUGUCAAGACAUAUCCUGGCAUCUGGGAAGGCAACGGUCGUCUUGUCAUCACAAUUCUGGACAGCAUCAUAUAUCCUUCUUGUGUUUCUAUCAAUUGCUCACACUUUUCAUAUUUCCUUUUAUUUAUUUUAUUUUUCGAAACUCACUCAUGA